AUGCCAGCCGAGAUCCUCGACAUCAUCUUCGCCUCUCUCUCUCAGCUAGAUCUCCAUGUUCUGAUGUUAGCCAACAGCAACUUUGUGGAGGUUGCAGCAACCUACCUUUACUCGCACCCGCUUUUCUCUUCCACCUACCGCUUCGCGCAGUUCGUCUGGGUGGUUUCUCACAAGCCGCACUACGCCUCCAUGGUACGAAUCUUGGACCUCUCUUACCUGAGCAGAAUAGCCACGGAUACCGCAUCAGGGGAACUCCUCCCUCUAGCCGGCUGGCGUGAAUUCAAGUACCGCAACCACGACAUGUACCGAGCAUGGGUGCGCUCCUCACCCCUCGCGUCAGGAUCACCCAAAACGAGCACCCAUUCCCUCCCUUCCCCUUUUCUGAAAUCCUACCACCGGACACGUGAUGUUCCCAUUGGUGGCCUAUGCCACGUCCUCGCCGCGUGCCCUCGGAUCCGCAAGCUCAACCUCUCACGGGUGCAACUCGCUGCAGAUUUCCUCGUCUCUAACCCCCUGUUUAAACCUACGGCGACACAGGGCCUGCUCUUUGUGAGUGACGUGCCUAAGAGCUGGACUUGGGCGAGUAGUGACUUGCAGCCGGUGUAUGCGGAGGAGGUUGUGCGGUGGGUGUGUCGACUAGUAGAGCUGGAGAGUUUGAACGCGAGGGCGUGUUUGUGGUUGACGACUGUAAGGGUUGAGAAGUUGAUGAGUAGUGCUCAGAAUUCUCUGAAGAGGGUGGAUUUUAGAGAGAGCGGGAUGCAGAAGGAAGUUCGCUGGGCGCUCAAGGGAAAUAAAAGCGAGGUGGAGAGAAUUGUUAGGGAGGUGAUACAGAACACUAGGGAGAGAGUAGUCACUUGA